CGCCACUCCCCUUUAAGGCAGCUGUGGCAGUGAGUGUUGUGUAGCAGACAGUGUGCUCCACCGUCUGGUCUGGUCCAGUCAAGUAAAGCUAGGUGACCGACCUGCUUGGCUUAGGAGCAGGACGGAAUUCACGGGUGACCAUGGUUUACUUUUAGGCUAGACAGCGUUUAAAUGAAACGCUGGAUGGUAAAAGAAAGACAAAUGGGACGAGGAGCCGCCAUUGUAAAGAAAGAGAGUGAGCUUAAAGAAGUAAUGUUAGCUAGCAGAUCCAUGGCAAAGUGGCUGAAGGACUACCUAAACUUUGGCAGUAGGCGUGACCCUCCACAGCCCCCAAGGCCAGACUACAUCGAGAGUGAGAUUUUGAGGGCCUACAGAGCUCAGAAGGAGCUAGAUUUUGAAGACCCAUACCAACACUCUGAUAAGGAGCACCAGAAUGGUGGUUUCAGCUCCUGUAGUGCCACAAUGAGCCUUCCCUCUUUUCCUGCAUUUGGCUCAGUGCUGCCUAAUGGUGUGGAGGUAAAGGUGGUGUCCCCCAAACACAGACUAAUUAAAGUGGACUCUCGGGAGUUUGGCCGCUGUAAAAUCCCCUCAAGUCCUGUGACUGUUCAAGAAGAACCUGUGGUUCCUUCUGCCCCAGCAGCAUCAGAUGCUGACACAGACUACUCUGACCCAUUUGAUGCCCGUCCAGACCCACGAGCACUACCAAACUGGGAGCCCAAAUCUGCACCAGCAGACUGCUGCAGCUAUAUGGAACCAUUCGAGGCUCAGAAGAUCAUAUCAGAUUUGCAGCACAGCAUGUUGACUUACAUGUCUGGGGGUGGAGAUGGCAGCCAGUUAUACGAUAACCCAUAUGAGGAAAGGACUUGUCACUUUCCCCAAGCUGAUCCACCAGCACAACAGCAAACUCAGAAAGUGGAGAGUGGACUUGGCCUGGUAGAUUGCAGGGAGAGCAAGCUGCCUCAGGAUGAUGAGAGGCCGGCUGACGAGUAUGACCAGCCCUGGGAGUGGAAAAAGGACAACAUUUCUAAAGCUCUAGCAGUUCAGUUUGAAGGGGCAGAAAGGGAUUGCCCUCGAGCUCAAACAGAACAGACCAGGCUUACCAAGAUGAGCACCACGUCAACCACAGGGGACUCACCUACACUCCAUCUGUUUGGUGACACUCCUCCUCUACUGGGAGAGAGAGUGGAUCCAUCUCUGCCACUGGAGAGACAAGUAUGGUACCACGGAGCAUUGAGCCGCUCAGAGGCAGAGACUCUACUGACUCUGUGCAAGGAGAGCUCCUACCUGGUGAGGAACAGCCAGACCUGCUGCAACGACUACUCACUCUCACUCAGGAGUUGCAAAGGCUUCAUGCAUAUGAAGUUCACUCAGUCUGCAGACGGACGUUAUGUGCUCGGUGAGAACAGCCCUCCCUUCUCCACUAUCCCUGAGGUCAUCCACUACUAUACUACACACAAGCUGCCAAUCAGAGGUGCUGAACAUGUGUCCCUACUGUAUCCUGUCAUAGUGCAGACCCUCUGACAGUGACACCCACAUCCUCUCUCCCCUGGUGCUACUGAACACAGUAUAUACAUUAUCUCUUUCUGACCCUUUCCUACAUGAUUUUUGACUGCCAUUCUACCUGCACUGCUCACUUCAGACUGUUGGGUGCCAUCUUUUGCUGUCCCAGUAGCUACACUGACAGCUUAACAAGUGUUCAGUGCCUCAUGAACCUACACCUGUGAACCACUAUUGUUACUGAAGACUCCUGAAAAUAAGUGAUCAUUAAUAUUAAUUAAUAGCAGAGUAUUUUAGGUAAAAGAUAAGACAUACACUCAUCUUGAGAUUUUCUUGAGACUGUAGAAUUUACAGAAUAUUGCAUGGAGAUUUGUCUCUAUUAGAGUAGUGCAGAGACUGGCUGUACUGCCAACUCAUUUAAAGGAUAAUGGUGAAAUUUUCUUUUGGCUUAAGCUCAUGCCAGUUCUUUAGAUUUAUAUAUAUGUAUAUUUUUGGUUUGUCCCCUCCACAGCCAAAGCUGCAGUUAUUUUAUGUGAAUUUAAAAAAGUGGAGAGUUACACUAGACGUAGACGGUAAAAUGUUCUGUUACUACAAGCAACACUAAUUAUCCUUUAUAUAUUAGUUACAAUAUCAACAAACACUACAUAUUUAACUCUGGCCAUCUAGGGCUUCUCUGUGUUUCAGAGGCCUGUGAAUGUUAAGAUACUGUAGCUGCGUGCCCUGUAAUGUUCGCCAUCAUGUUAAUAUGUGAGCAGUACAAAGUGACAAUGUGAUGUCAGUCUUGUCAACUUCACACAAUAACACACUCCUGCAGUACUAUGUUAGAGAAUAACUACAGUAUUAUAUGGAAAGUAUGUGGCUUUGUGAUCACGACAGUUAAAAAUAAGCUUUGGUAGGUUAUUUACUGUGCUGUUUUAUACGACUUUAAAUGUCUGAAAAUAAAGGUGUCCUUUUUUUAUUGCCUGUGCAUGGUUUAAUAUUUCAUUGUUUCAUUUUAGAACUUUAAAUUAAUACUUUUGAAACAGGUUUUUCAUGACACGUUGGGUUUCAAGUAAUUUUGCACAGAUUUUAAAGCUUGGGGGCAAUUUGGGGAUUUAAGGUUCU